AUGGAAAUUCAAGAAGAAAAGCUCAAUGGGAAUUGGUAUCAAAAAAAACUUUACAAGAUUGCAUUUAUCAUUCCAGAGUUAGUUGAUAUAUGUGGGGUUGAUGGUGAUUUAAAUGGUAAUUUUACCACUCCAGAUACUUUUGUUCAACAUGAGCUCCACGACUUGAAUUUUGAACAAGUUGAUGAUAUUUCAAAGAGUGAACUUGAAAGCAAUGCAGUAGCUUUAGAACAAUUUGUUGAGGAAACUUUAGCAACUGCAGAAGGUCGAGGUAAGCUUUUCGACAUAAACAAUGAUUUGUUUUCUGCUAUUGGUAGAUCCCAUGGGGAUAGUAUAUCAGCUAGAUCCUUACAAUAUGAAUGUGUGGGUCAAUCAAAGAUUUCGUCUUCACUAAAGAUUAUAACUGUUUUUUUCUCAGAGCUAAUGCAAAUACGUGGGAUUCCACAAUACUUGAGCACCAAUAUUGCACCAAUGAACUUAACCACCGAAGAUAUUUCCAAACUUUUUGGUAUACAAUUUAAGCUGCAAGACAAUACAAAAAUGUCGCUGGGUAAUAUCAUGGAGGAUUUAGGGAUAGUGAUAAAAAACCAACAUGAUACAGAAGACUUGCCAACUUCCAUUCUUUCAUUAGAAUCUAGGGACCAACGCUUGGGCAAAUUUAUAAGACCAGAUAAAUUUCCUGCGAAUGAGCUUUCAUCUAUUUUGAAAAAAAUUAUGAUUUGUACUCUGUUGAGAGGGAAUUCUUCAUUCAUUCUAAGUGAUUAUGUCACAACUAGGCUCUGCUUAUUGCCUAUUCAUGAAAAAAACAAAGAUCUCUGGUUAAAUAAAGGAAAAUGGAUCACGUUGAAAGCACCUGUGAAAUCACAUUUUAUUGACAGUACAACCCCAUUUGAUAAAGAACAAUUAUCUUUGUGUGGUCUAUUUGCUCUUGUUACGUUUGAUGGAAUUUUCCAAAAGUUUGGUUUAUUAAAUUUGGACGAAUAUUCAAAUUAUUUGAAACUUAAUGAAGCAAAGAAAAUGAAUGAACAAAAUCAAGAUUGGAUGCAUUUUUUCAGAGAAUUCUUGUUGAAUUCUAUGGUAGAAGAAACCGAGUACCUACCUUCUUUAUCGUCACAUUCCGCUAGUGAAGAGCCUGAGAGUAUUAAUGAUUCAACUAAUAUAGAUUCUGAGAGUCUGAGUGGUCUCAAAAGGCCAAGUACUGAGAAAAUAUCAGAAACUUUACCCAAAAAAACUAGAAUUGCAAGAUCCACAAAAGAAUCAAACAACCAUUCACAUUAUUCAAAUUCGUGGUUUGUUGAUCUUAAAGAUUCGUUCCGCUUCAAAGGUUUAGAUGAUAGUUUGAUUAUUCCAAAUAUGUCUACUUACGCAUGUGUGAAAUUUGUUCUACCUCAAAAUAUGUUUUUAAGAUUAUUAGACAACAAAUUGCAAUCCAAAAGAGAUGCAAAUAAGAUUUCAAAGCAAAUCAUCCAGCAAGGAACAGAAAAGAUUUUUUGGAAGUUUUAUGAUUUACAAGGUAAUAUUGCACGAUUGAAAAUAUAUGGACACAAUUAUUUUGGUGAUUAUGUUGCCACAGGUCUUUCAGAAGCUGAUAGAUAUACUCUUGGGAAUAUUGAAGAUUUCGAUUCUCUGGAAUCAAUUAAUGAAAUUGCAAAAGCUGAUUAUGAUAAUGAAGUGGAAACAUUGAGAGGUAUUUAUCGUUAUAAUGCAACUCUUAAAAAUAAUGAAAAGGAUUUCAUCAUAAAUACUACCCAGGCUUAUUGUCAUGGAGAAGUCUUAGCUAAUACAAUGGAAGGUAGAAUUUAUCAAGGUUAUCAUAUCGCUUACAAUUAUAUUGAUUUUGCUGCUAACAAGCCUAAAACUAAAUCUCAAUUUAAAUCAUGGAAAACCCAAAUUGAUAAUCUACACAAGGCAGGUUUCCAUCAUGGUGAUAUUCAUCCUAGAAAUGUUGCUUGUAGAGAUGAUGGAGAAGUGUUUAUUUAUGAUUUUGGGAGAUCCGAACAGAUUUCAGAAAUGGAAGGUUAUUGGAAACAAAAGUGUCUCAACAAAACUUGCACUGAUUACAUAGAGCUUGAAGAACACCGAAAAGCAGUUCUAGGAAAAUAA